GGGGUGUCUAGACAUUUGGGGACUGAGGAUGGAGGAAGCCCUGGGGAGACCCCUUCUCCUUACAGGUCUUGUAUCAGAGAUUGUCUGUUUCACUGGAACUCUAAUCUGUUUUAAAGCAGAGUUGUGGGAAUACUUGAAAGGCCAGAGAUGCUUAAUGCAGCCAUUUAGCAGAUACCUGGUUUGCUCCAUGCUCUUUUUUCACCCAGCUAGGUGCAUUUUCCCCUUCCUCAUGCCAAACAAGCACUUGGCUUAUUUACUUGUAUGAUCUUUGGCUCCUGCUAGGCCAGGGGAUUCUCCCUUCUGUUAGAGAGCAGGCUCAGGGGGAGCCUUCAGAUGAAGGCAGUUUGAUGCUGAUGUUGACCUGGACCUCCUGUGCCAGGGUAAGUGGGAGAAGAUUUGCGGCACUCAGGACACAGUUGUGGAGGUCUUUGAGCACAUCAGCUUGAUGACCCUGGACAUACUCAUGAGAUGUGCCUUCAGCCAGGAUACCAACUGCCAGAUAAACAGCACCCAAGAUCUUUAUGUAAAAGCAGUAUUUGAAGCCAGCAACAUCAUCUUGUACCCUUUGUACAGUUUCUUACAUCACCAUGACAUAAUUUUCAAAUACAGCCCUGAGGGCCAGCGCUUACAGGAAUUAAGCAAAAUGCUGCAUCAGUACACAGAAAAGGUAAUCCAGGAUAGAAGGGAAUCCCUCAAGGAUAAGAAGAAGCAGCAGGGUAACACUCAGAAGAGGAAGUACCAGGAUUUCCUGGAUAUUGUCCUUUCUUCCCAGGCUGAAAAUUCUAACAGCUUCUCUGAUACUGACCUACAGUCCGAGAUGAACACAUUUGUGUUGUCAGGGCAUGACACAAUGGCAGGGGGCAUUUCCUGGCUCCUCUACCACCUGGCUUUGCACCCUGAGCAUCAGGAGAGAUGCCGGGAGGAGAUCAGAGGCAUCCUAGGGGACACGUCUUCCAUCACCUGGGACCAGCUGGGCGAGAUGGCACACACCACAAUGUGCAUCAAGGAGUCGCUCCGAUUGGCCCCUCCAAUCCCAUCCAUUUCCAGAGAACUCAGCAAGCCCAUUACCUUCCCAGAUGGACGCUCUUUGCCUGCAGGAAUAACCGUGGCUCUCAGUAUUUGGGGUCUCCACCACAGCCCUGCCAUCUGGGAAAACCCAAAGGUAUGACUGUCUUAUGGUAAAUACUUGAAAGAACUCACAUUGUUCAGUUCACUUUUUGUUAGUUAUUCAUGAAAGUGGCAAAUGACACAAUGCAAACAAAAAAGAGGCAUAAAAACCAAAAAUGUAAAACUUUUCCCUAGAGGAAAACUGUCCUCUACCCCUAUUUCUACUUUAUUUUUGCUGCAUAAUGCCACACAAUCUGCUGUAAAUUGCCACAUCUGUACUUCAUCAUUUACUUAAUGAGCUAUACCAAGCUCUUACUUAGAUAUUGAAAAGGGUGUAGACUGUCAAUGUAGUCUGCAACUCCAACUCUCUUUUGCUGGAUGUAACUAUUAGGAUUCUGUCAGGAAAUCAGUGACAUACUCAGGUUGGACAAUUUGAGGAGUGUUUCAUAAGGAACUAUUCACAGAGAUAUGGAAAGGGUUUAGGAAAAGUCAAAUAGACCAAAUAGCUGCUGAAGUGCUUACCACUUCCAGGCCUGAUGGGAGACGGAGAGAGGGCUGCAAACCUAGAGAGAGAUGGCUUCUGAGAAAGGCCUUGAGACAGUUGUAGACCACACAGCCAACCGGAGGCGGCCUGGUGGGGUGGGGCCCAGGGAAUAAGUAGCCUGAAAGCAUUCUCUUCCCACCCUCCAGAUCACCUAUCAAUGUCUUUUACUGGGUUUCAAUGUCUUUUACUGGCCGAACUCAAUAGGAAACCAUGUGAGUCAGCUUCUUGAAGCUGAGGACAGGGUGGGAAAGGAAGGAGAGAGGAACUGGAGAGGCAAAAAGAUGUAUGGCUGCCCUGAGUUCCUUGAUUCGAUGUUCUUGAAACUCGAAACACUCACAACAUGUACAGACACUUCCUUUAACAAAACUCCUAGGAUUUAAGAUCUGUUGUGUAUGAUGGAAGUUGGACUACACAUCUCAGAAACAAGUGAUCAUAAUCAUUUUGGCUUGGCUUCUAAGAGGGUGAAUUCUUACCUCCAAAGGGAAAAUAAUACCACUGGCUCUAGUAUUUCUGCUUUCAUCCUACUUAGUCUG